UCUGGAUUCUGGAACCGUUUGCGUGCGACGUGAGUCUGGUUUUGAGUGAUGUCCCUGAAAGGUGGCCGCGGUAACGACAUGGACGAUCUCAGCAACAUGGAACCGAUUGAUAAACGCUCACCGUGCAUAUGCAUAUGAGAUAGUACAUUUUGAUAUUUCGCUGCUGUAGUAUUUUGCUCCAGUGUUGGUUAUAAUAUGGUCUUCGGUUUUUGAUGUUUAUAUUUACUGUGGAGCAUUAAAUUGUCCUGUGGAGCAGAAAAUCUGAUUUUAUUCUUGAUUGUCUAAAUAACGCAUCUCCAUAGAUGUUUUUCACGUACCGCGGAAGUUAGCUCGGUGUUGCGUGAUAUUUUAGUUUUGAUUUGCACUCUCUCUAUCUCUCACUCGAUGUUAAAUUGUCCUGUCAUGCGGUUGGAUAGAGCAACAAUCUGGGUUUAAUUACUUUCAUGGAUCUUGUGCAAUUUUGUUAAAAAUACUCCACAAGUAAAGGAUUGACGGAGCAUGGGGGUUAGUGAAAACACUACACGGGCAACCAUGAGGAGUCAGGUCUUGCUGGACUUGUACGAAAUAUAUGGAUCGUGUCUGGGCCCCGUUGUACUCUUGCCGCGCAUCCGGUGGGAGCGUUACCGACUUCCUUUUACCACUGGUGACCUGCUAAGAAAUAGCAAAAAUGUUCGUUGGAGGCCUUUCUUUGGAUACGGAUGAGGAAGACAUGAAGAGCUACUUUCAGCAAUAUGGAACAGUGGUUCAUGCUGUUGUCAAGCGAGAUCCCAAUAGCGGUCGAUCCCGAUGUUUCGGUUUCGUCACCUUUGCCAACUCGGCAUCGCUGAGAAAGGUCGGUGAAACCAAGGAGCAUAUCCUCAAAGGUCGCCGAAUUGAUCCCAAAACAGCCGAACCGAGAACUGGAGAUGAGGGAAUUUUGAAAAUUUUUGUUGGGGGUAUUGAUCCCAACAUGAGCGACGAAGACUUCAGAGCGUAUUUUGAGAAGUUUGGAAUGAUUAAAAACAUCGAAUGGCCAAGGGAUCGCAUGAAGAACCAAAAGAAAAACUUCGCCUUUGUUGAAUUCGACGAGGAACGAGUUGUUAACGAAAUCGUCAGAAACGCCAAGCAAGAAAUCGGCGGGAAAAUGUGCGAUGUUAGAAAGGCUAUACCUCCUGCGCAGAAAGCUAUGCAGAAUCAGCAACACGGUAAUAUGGGAAAUAUGGGUAUGGGUCGUGGUGGCGAUAUGGGAUGGGGCGACUUUUCGGGCGGUGGGGGUUAUGGAGGAGGAGGUGGUGGUGGAUACGGCGGAUACGACGCAUAUGCGGCCGCCUACGGAUUGACUCCGGAACAGUAUGCGGCAUACAUGGGCCAAUUUGAUCCAAGUUUCUACGAUCCUAGUAUGAUGGCAGCAUAUUAUGGGAGUUAUGGAUUUGAUGCUUCGGGAUCGUCCGCUUUUGAUUAUGCCGCAGCAGCGGCUGGAUAUGGAUCGUCAGGCGGCUUCGGUGGUGGUGGCGGUAGUGGAGGUUUCGGAGAUGGGUUUAAAAACAUGGGAGGCAUGCGUGGUGGAAAUAUGCGAAGUGGCGGCGGUGGAGGCACAUCGCCGAGGGGCGGUGGAUUCAACAAACCUGGAGGAGGGAUGAAUGGAUCGGGCGGCAGUCGCGGAGGCCGGGGUAGUACAUUCCAUCCAUACCGUCGUUGAACGUUGCCCGUCGCACAUGUAUCAUAAUGUUGUCCACAAUUAGCUCCGGAUUUUGCGCUAGUUUACUUAUAUCUUCUUUGUUAUUUUGCAAUGUUUUCCUGGCAUAUUGCCGUGAAAGGGUAACUCUCCACGGUAUUGUUGUAAACGAAGGUAUACUAUACGGGAUUCCGAUUUUGCAUGAUUAAAUUCAUUGUGGGGA